AUGACCUCGACGCCAAUAGCAACGAUUCCCUCUGAACUAUUACAGAAGAUUCUGCUCUUUUGUCAUCCUCGCGAUGUUGCCUCAUUCUCUCAAACCUGUGAACAUGCUUACGAUGUAAUAUACUUCCCAGAGCAACAAUAUCUCUGGCGCGAACUCUUUCUCUCCUCGUUCGACGAUCCCCGUCCUUCUCUGUCUCCUUCACCUCAAACGACGUCCAAACCUGGCUCCCUUACAUCGCCGUAUGACUGGCGAACAGAGCUUCAGCGACGUGUUCGAGUGGAAGUGCUCGCGAUGGAGGAUGCCGACCAUCGAGAGGUGCUCGAAGUCCUAAUGGAUGCAAUUACACAGGCCUCGCCUAUUCAUCCGAGCUCAUGGACCUCUGACGGAUACGAACCAUCUCCUAAUCUCACAUGGGCCGCUAACGUCGUCGAAGAUUCAUCCCUUCUACGCUUCGACCCUCUAUGGACCCAGAUCGAGCUCACCGCCCAUCUACGCGCGUUAUUUGUGCAAACACUACUCACCGACGAGUCCAACAGUUACCUCGACCAUCGCCUACGUGCGCGGACGUACGUCUACGAUCUUCGCAACUAUGUUCGCUCGAGGGAAUGGGGGCCCUAUCGCGAGUUCUCUAACGGACUCCAAGAGGACGCGGAUGAGCUCUCGUCUUCGUCAUCGGCUUCGGCUUCAGUCGCAACCAGAGGACCACCAGGUCCUCAUGAAGUGGACUGGACCCAUAUCAAUGCGCUCGCCGUUGUCGUAACCGCUAACUUGCGAGAUAUCGAUACGCGCUGGCCGGAAGAAGCCCUCGACCGUCCGCCGCUGUUGACGAAAGGCUUGGAGGCGACGCGGGCGUAUUCAGCCAGGGGAACGCAUCCGGAGGUGAGGAAGAUCAAGGAGGAUUGGGCAGGUGUGGAUGGGCACUGGCUAAGGAUUGCCAAUGGUCACCGGCCCUCUUUCUUCGACAACGACAUCGACGAAGCCACCCGACUCCUCUCUCUCAAUCUCCGAUUCGUCUCCGUCGAGACCGACCCCUCCGUUCUCGCUACUCUACCAGAUCCAUCCCGACCACCGAUCCAGUUCGUUGGCCACAUGCGUGGUGUGGGUACAGGUCAGACUGGGAGCAGGGCGACGAAGGGUACGGUGAGACUGAUGAAAGAUGGGAAUAUAAGAUGGACUUUUGUCUCGCGAUACGACGGGACGGACCAAUGGAGGUCGGUCGCUCUUCUAGUCCUCGUUUUAUCUUGGCUCUUCAACGUAGCUUGGUACGAUCACAGCUCCGAAGGCGUCCAGCUUGGCGGCGUAUGCAGUGCUGCAGGCGUGGUGGGCACCUGGACUGGCUUUCACCAUGAGCGAGGCGAUCCGGCUGGUCCGUUCUGGCUAUGGAAAACCGACACGGAGAUUGCGAGGCCUCCGUGGCCAGAAUGACUAUUGGCGCUCGAGGGUUAAAUUCGAUGGACAUCGGCCGUCGGAUGUGAUACCUGUCAAGUAUGGUGAGGUAUCGCCGUGGGUGGUCGGGAGGACGGAGAGAAUUAUAUAGAAGGGCGGUUUAGUAGAGUGUGUACGAUACGUUUUGACAAGAUAUGUUCGCGCUGGUGUACAUGAAGUGGAUCGCUGUUUUCUUCUUCUUUCUCUUUGCUUCUAGAGGAUGGAUAUAUUGUUGUACUUACGCUUAGACUUCUUCAUUUGUACUUACAUGUUGUUUGAUUAGUAGUAGCUCGAACCAGAGUUGACUCGGGUAACGAUGAUGUUGUCGAUAACUGAACUGCAUGUACACUUCAGAUAAAC